AUGAAUGCAAAAAAAAAGAGGCCCAAGCUAACAUGGACUAUUCUGUUUCUGGCAUUUCUCUGUGGACUGUUUGGAGGAUCACUAGGGCAGAAUUUGUAUUUGAAGAGCUUGUCAUAUACUUCUGCAACCUAUGCCACUGCCAUAUUUAAUCUCAUCCCUGGCAUUACCUUCAUUGUUGCGGUUAUACUUGGGUUGGAGAAGUUGGGUUUGAACACAGCAGCAGGCAAAGGAAAGGCGUUGGGGACAAUGUUUGGCAUUGGCGGGGCGAUGCUCCUCACCUUUUACCAAGGACCGGAACUUCAUUUAUGGAGUACUAAUAUUCACCUACUGCAUAAAACACCACCAAGCAAGGUCGUAAAAACCAAUUAUUUCUUGGGCACAGUUAUAGCCUUGGCAGGAUGUCUGUGCUAUUCCUGCUGGUUGAUUCUUCAGGCUAAAGCAGCUGAGCGAUAUCCAUGUGCAUACUCAUUUACUGCUCUAAUGAUGUCGAUGGGAACAGUUCAAUCGUUUGUGUAUUCAGUUUGUACGGUAAGGGACUGGAACGAGUGGAAGUUGGGAUGGAAUGUCCGACUCUUUGUGGUUGCAUACGCUGGGAUUGUCGGUUCUGGAUUGAUGUUCUCUCUGAUUGCAUGGUGUGUACGCAAGAAAGGUCCGGUAUUCGUCUCGAUCUUCAAUCCGUUAAUGCUGAUCAUGGUGGCAAUAGCAGGAUCUUUGUUCUUGGAUGAGAAGAUACACUUGGGAACUUUGCUUGGAGGGGGACUAAUUGUGAUAGGAGUUUACGUUGUAUUGUGGGGGAAAGGGAAAGAGGUAGAAGUGAGCCAAUUGAUUCGUGAAAAUCUUAGUUACCAUUUUACAAAUUUGCAUUUGGAGAUUCAUGCAUGUUAA